AUGGACUUUUCUCAACUAAGGGCAAAUAGUCCAGAAGAAGAUGUAGAAGAAAUAAAAACAAUAUACAACACAGACUCACAAAAGAGUGUAACCACUUCCAACGUGUAUUCAGCUGACUUCACUGAUAACAAUUCGGACAAAAAUAAUUCUUCUGGGAAGGAAACCUACGUCAUAGAUUGGUAUGACAGCGAUGACAGCGAGGCAUCUUGCAGACUGCACCGCGAGGAAAGUUCAUUUAAUGUAACGGAUAAAGUUAGUCAACCUUUGGUGAAUAACAUGAUGCAGUGCACUACAGAACAUCAAAUAUCCGAAGCAUUAUUUUCGAAUCCGCCACUAAAUAACGUCACAUUUAUUGCUCAGGAAACGUUCACUCAAACCAGCAAAACAAUAAUCGAACUAGCAAAGUCUGAGGGCCUAUUUGUAAAAUCGACAGGCAACAAUACGUUGCAAACACAAACCUCUUAUGUUUCAAUCACUGAUAGUAAAAGAAUAGAGUACAAGAUACUCAGUUCCAAUGUGGUUCGAAAGAACAGCGAUUAUGAUUGGCACAUGGUUGACGAAAACCAAGUCGUUUGUCCUAUUUUAAGCAAUUGCCUUGAAGACAAAUCUUCCAAAUUACCCGAGUCGGAAUCCGAUGAGGAAAAAAGUGAAAGCGAAAGCAGUAUAAUUACACGAGCGGAAACACAAAACACCAAUGUAUAUACCGAAACUCUAAACAAGUUUGAGGCGUCUGAGUCGUCAAGCACAGAUUUCGACGAUGACUCUUUGAUGGAUGAAUCUCACGAUAAUAACGGUCAUAGAAUGCAUGAAGCAUUAAAUCCGAUCAGCGAUAAGAACAGCGACAUAUGUGAUACACCAAAAUCGAUUGGUGAUGAAGUGGAUGAUUUAUAUAACAAAAUGUCCAACUGCUUAGGAAUGCUUAGCGCUAAAAAGAACGCUGAGCCCGAAUUUUCUCAAUGGACCGGUGCACUCACUCCUCUAACGGAAGAGUCCACAAUGAAGAAGGAAAGCAUCAUGGAUAUCAGCCCUUGUUUGAAUAUUGUAACCGAAACAAAUGAGAAGGUUGAAGAUAUGAACAAUUGUAUACAAGACACGCAAAUUGAACUAUUGUCAGUCCAAAAGGAAUCUUGCAAAUCAGGGGAUCCGUUCAAAUUGCCCCCUAUACAAAAAAAUAAGUCUUCACCGUCCACCUUAAAUUUCCUACUAUCGGUCAACCGCGGAAAUCAAAUGAACAAUGCCUCGACACAUGACAGUCUGCUACACACUUGGGAAAUCAGGGGUAAUAAUUUGGCAGCUGGAGAAAAUCAGUUUAUAAAUCCAACAUAUUCCUCUCGCCUUCCGAACGAGGUGUUCCAACUGCCCCCAAUCCAGAUGGAAACGGGGAUCCAUAACAUUUACACAAAUUACACUACACGGUACUCGUCAUCGUCGAAGUUGUCAUUGACCGGAACCCCAUGUGAAUCGAUAAAUAUAAACGAUAAGAUCAGAGAGCUAAAGAUGUCGGACGUGAGAACACGGAGGGGCCGUGGAAGCAGAUCUCCGUCAAUCACAUCCUCCCCAGACGACAGCAAGCUGGGGGACGUGGCCCUGAAGGGAUGUGAAGCUCUGUGCGCCGAAUUGAUGAGGAAGCUGAGAUCGACUUCGUGGUGCGAAAUUCUCGACACUCUAGAGGAAAUACCAAGAGUGAUGGAAAAAUUCUGGAAUGUUAUCGCGGAGCUACGAAUAGCGGAUCUCAUAAGACAGGUCACUGUACACGUGGACUCACCGCGCUCGCAAGUGGCCCGCACAGCAUGCAUGACGCUCGCGUGCAUCCUGAAGAACACCAACUACACCAGGAAACCGGAUUUCUACGAGGCAGUAACAGCUCUACUGGUAAAGACUGGUAGCUUUAGCCGGCCAGUACGGCGCGCGGCCAACAUGGCGCUCGAUGAUAUAGUCUGUAGCGUAGAUUUCACGCACGCUGUUACAGCUCUCUGUGUGCAUGGUGUCGGGCACAAAAGUCCGUUGGUUCGUUGCGCGUCCGCUCGACUGCUGGUGGUGUGCUGCGCGGUGUCGGGCGGCGGCAGGGGUCUGCUGCGCGGCCGGCCCCCCACCGCGGCCGCCGCCCGCCGCGCCGCCCUCCGCGCCCUGGCCGACCUGCUGCAGGACAAAGCCACCGACGCCAGGAAGUACGCCGAGCGUCUGUAUGUGAUGCUGCGGCCCCUCGCCAACUUUGAGGCCUACUUCCUCACGGACGUGGACGUGGAGGUCGCUACAAGGCAGAUGAAGAAAUGCGACCAGCUGUUACCACUCGUCACCAAGGAUAGAAUGCGUGGCACCCGGUUACCUCACUCGCCAGAUGAAACGCAGCAGAAUUGCAUACGACUACAACUAAAUUUCGGAGAAGGUAGAGACUUUCGAGACCUAAGGGACGAACAAAUAUUCAAGAAGAAGUGGCCCAAGAAGGCCAUAGUCGCGCCGUGGUCGAGGAAAAUUGCGUCAUCGUGUUCCCUUGUGCCCGGCCGGCCCUGGCCGAUGAAACAGAGACAGGUGCAACUUGGUGAUGGGGUUCAAUUCCGCGACACCCGUGCCUACGCUUGCUCGACUGUUAGGCAUAAGCUGAUCGGCAAGUUGUUCCUGAUCUACCACAUGAAAUGUUCAAAUAAACUAACUUUG